AUGGUCACUCCAAAGAAAUCCAUUUUGAAAAAGACCAAGCAUUCGAAGACUUCUCAGACCCAGGAAGCUUCGCCAAAGGUUAAAGAGGUGAAAGAGGUGACCGUUAAGACUCUCGUUUCUAAUGAAACAGACGCUGACGAGAACCCUGCAGAGGUUUCACUAAACUCAACGACGACCUCCAUUACUACCACAACGAAGGGCACAAUUGCGCCUACAUUUCGUAUAGUAACUGGAUCUUAUGAACACAACCUGUUAUGUGUGUCACUAAGUCUUUUCAAGGAUUUAGAAGUCUUUAAUCCCAUUUUCCACUUUACUGCGCAUACUCAAUCUAUUAGAUGCUUGGCUCAAUCCAAGCGAUAUCUAGUGAGUGGAUCUAAUGACGAGCAUAUCCGUAUUUAUGACCUUCAAAAGCGUAAAGAACUUGGGACCCUUUUACAUCAUAGUGGUAGUGUCACAGUUUUGGAAUUUUUUGAAUCCAAAUGGCUGUUUAGUGCUGCUGGCGAUGGUAACAUUUGUAUCUGGAGAUGUAAAGAUUGGGAAGUUCUGGGAGAACUCAAAGGUCACAAGGGAGCAGUUAAUGACAUAUCUAUCCAUCCUUCUGGUAAAAUUGGUCUUAGUGUUGGUGAAGACAAGACUUUAAGAUUGUGGAAUCUCAUGACUGCUCGUAAGGCCAGUAUCGUCAAGCUUGGCGGGGUAGGUUUAAAGGUUAGAUGGACUAGUGAAGGAGAUCAAUAUAUUAUUGGAUAUGAUCGAAAGAUCGAGAUAUACACAAGCUCUGCUGAAAAGCUGGCUGAAAAGUCAUUAACUUCCGGUUUACAACAUAUGGAUAUCUUCAAAUCUAAGGAAGGUGAAGAGUACCUGGUCACAUCUCAUAACAACGGCAAGAUUAUUUUCACCUUGAUAUCUAGCUUGAUUAGUGAGAGCAGUGAUAAGGACGAAAAAAAUACUUUUGAACUUGUUGGUCACGGUGUCCGUGUCAAGCAUUUCAGUUUUUAUUACAACCAACAAAACGAAACUCCAUAUAUGGCCUCGGUAUCAUCCGACGGCAAGCUCGUCAUCUGGGAUCUUAGCGUUCGUGAUCAAGUCGCUGUGUAUAGUACUGCUGACAGACUAAACUGUUGCAUUAUUGUCCCGGAGGAUAUUGAAAAAGCUGAUAGUAUGAAAAAGAGACUUCGCGCUGACGAGAAUGGCGACGCAAUUUCCGAUACAGACUUUUCCGAGGUCGAGUCCGAUGGUGAGGAAGUAGUCAAACUCUCUAAGAAGCAAAAGAAGAAGAACAAGAAUAAAAAGGCAAAGGUUUCAGUGGAAUUUGAAAAGACAGAUUAG